CUCCCCCGCCUGGCCACGGCUGAAUCUGUCCUCCUGGGGGUGACACAUAGCACUGUUUAACCCCAAUAUACGUGCCUUCUGUGUCUUCUGGUGACCUGUGAAUCUCCCACAAGUCCCACGCAGACCGGUAUAUACCAGGGUGUGGCGUGGCAGGCGGUGUGGUGGUGCGGUGCAGCGGCAGCGAUGCGCACCAACCUGAAGACACGUGUGGUGGGUCAGCGGGUGGAGCUGGUGCCGUACCGCAGCGUGCACGUGGAGCGCUACCACCAGUGGAUGUCCAGCGAGGAGCUGCGCACCCUGACGGCCUCGCAGCGCCUCACACUGGAGGAGGAGCACCGCAUGCAGGCCGCCUGGAUGUCUGACGAGGACAAGUGCACCUUCAUCAUCCUGGACCGCGCCCUGCUGGCCAGCCGCGGCUCAGAGACGGAGGCCAUGAUUGGUGACACAAACCUCUUCCUGACAGACCCCGAGGACCGCAGCAUGGCCGAGGCAGAGAUCAUGAUCGCAGAGCCGGCUCUGCGCGGCACACGGCGCGGCUGGGAGGCCAUGCUGCUCAUGCUGCGGUACGGCGCCGAGUACCUGGGCGUCACCAGGUACCAGGCCAAGAUUGGUGAGGGCAACACGCCAAGCAUCAACAUGUUCACCAAGAUGCACUUCAGCGAGGUGGGCCGCUCCGACGCCUUCCAGGAGGUGACGCUGGAGGUGGUGGUAGACCAGGGGUGGCGGGGCUGGCUGCGGGAAAACACCCCUGCCUUCCAGUGCCUCCCCUACACACCGCAGGACGAGUAGUGUGGCCCAGACCGAUGCUGGUGUAAGGGUGUGCUUGUGGGUGUGUGUGUGGGUGUGUGCUUUCUCUCUCUCUCUCUCUCUCUCUCUCCAUCAAACUGUCUCUCUUGUUUGUUCCUUCUGGCUUUGUUUGGCUUAUGUGAUUCUCUUCCUUCCUGUGUGUGUGUGUGUGUGUGUGUGUGUGUGUGUGUGUGUGUGUGUGUGUGUGUCUCUCUCUUCCCCAAUGUGUGUGUCUGUCUCAGUUUUAUCCUCCUCACUUUGUUUCAUGUUUCAUAUCGUUUAUCUUUCUCUUCAUGUGUGUGUGUGUGUGUGUGUGUGUGCGUGCGAGCAUGAACUCUCUAUCUUUCAUAUCAGCUUUUCCAUUCUUUCUUGUUGCUUUAUUUUGCUUCCAUUAAUGUAAUUGUUCAUGUCUACAGAUGAAUACACACACACACACACACACACACACACACACACACACACACACACACACACACACACACACAAAAUUGCUGAUUGUAAGCUUGAGAGAGAGAGAGAGAGAGAGAGAGAGAGAGAACAAGCUCUAAUCCCUGCCCUGUUUUAAGGGUACCACUAUUAAGGGCUGUGUUUGGUGCUUGGCAGGGGUGGGGAGGGGGUGGGGUAGGGUGAGAGGAGCCCCCUUACUACUGGGAGGGGGAGGGGAAGGCAUGGGCUGUGAUAUAGAAAAUGGGGUUACCAAUCAACGUUUUCUUUGUUAUUUAUUUAGAAUGGGGUUGUUGUAGAUUGAUUUAGUUAUUUAUUGUUGUUCAUUUGAGAGUGUGUGUGUGUGUGUGUGUGUGUGUGUGUGUGUGUGUGUGUGUGUGUGUGUGUGUGUGUGUGUGUGUGUGUGUUUAGGUGAGGUUCAGGUAAGGUUUGCAGUUUAUUGUUUGUUUUCUUCUUUCUUUUCUUUUUUUUUAAGGGAAUGUUUAAAAGAAAGAAAAAAACUUGAGAGAAAAACAAGAAAACUCAAGUAAUUUGUACAUAGUGUGUUGGUGAUUGUGUGUGUGUUGUGUUGUGUGGUGUUGUGGUGGUGUGUGCGGCGAGUGGUGGCAGUGUGUGGCGGGAGUGUGGUGGUGGUGGUGGCAGUGCUGGCUUGUGGCGCCUCAACACACACUGAUGGGAAGCUACACCAUAUGGAAUAUUGGUGAUUUUAACUUUCCAUUUUAGUGUGUGUGGUUUUUUUUUUUUU